UAUAUUUAUUUAUCUAAUUUUUGAGUCUUAGGUUAUAGUGAAUUCCUGCUGCUCUGGUGCACCCCCUCCCAUCCCCCACAAGGAAGCCUCCUGGGCAGGGCCAGAUGGGGCUAGUUAGGCAUACAGAGUUUAAAGGGGCACAAAAAUGUCUUAGUUUGCUAGGGCUAACUAAUACAUAGUACCACCAGCUGGGUAGCUUGAAACCACUGAAAUGUAUUCUCGCACUGUUCUGGAGUCUAGAAGUCCCAAAUCGGGUUCCUUGCCCUGUCCUGGUUUGGGGGGACUCCCAGUUACCCUUGGUCCCAGUCUCUGCCUCUUUCUUCACAUGACAUUUCCCUGUGUGUCUGCUCUGUGUCUCUGUAUCUCCAGAUCUCCCUCUCCCAGAUGCACAACCGUCAGCGGGUUUAGGGCCAACCCUAAUCUAGUGUGACCUCAUCUUAACCAAUUACAUCUCUAAGACCCUAUUGCCAGAGUCACAUUCUGAGGUUCUGGGUGGGUAUGAAUUUUGAGGGAUCCCUACCUACUGUAGUAAUCAAGAUUAAUAAUGUAAUGCAACAUUUUAAAAAAUUGAAACGUAUGUCAAAAACCCCAUGCUGAACAAAAUGUCAACAUUUUACAUAAAAACAGGAUCUGCUCUUUCUGUGCCAUGGUGGUGCGUGCAGUUGACUCUUGCCAAGUCUUCUCACAGGACUUUCAGGAUUGAGCGGUUCCUGGCCAAGACACAGACGCAGAAUGGCCCGUUCCCCAGUGGAUUCCGGUGGAAACUGGCAAUAAAAUCAGGUACAACUCCAGGAGGAGCCAUCGGGGGAGAACCAAGCGGGGUCUAGAAGGGAUUGCACAUGAUGUAGCUCACCUGUUUAUUCCGUGUCCGGAUUGCUUACAAUCUACCACAUCACUGAAAAGAUCACUCUAUCUGGACAGUUGGGCAUGUAUUAUUGGGAAAUUAUUGAAGAAUGAUUUUCCUCUUUGUUAAUAUGUUUCUGCACUAGUAGGUUGGUUCAGUAAUAAAUAUGUGAGGCCUUUAAAAAAGACAGAUGUGGCAGGACUGGGGUUAGGGGAAGGCAAGGGAGAGGGGCAGAGCUGGUUAGAUUCUCUUUAAAAUUCUGUAUUUUGUUCAUGGUGUUUUGUUUUUGUCUUGUUUUGCAUGGAACUUGAGAAAUGCUGCAAUAUUACUUAUCUUGAACACUGAGAUUUUGGCACCUCUUAGAUUUCUCUCUUGUCGCAUCCUGGUCCUGGCCCUGCUGUCGCACUACAUGGUGGCUGAGUUCCACAGCUUCUAGUGGAACCAUGGAUCUGUUUGGAAACAUAGAUGAUAUUUCUUCCGAGAGUGAUGAUGACAGUCAACCACCUGUUCUAGGACAGCCUGUUCAUGCGCGGGGAUUGCCUUGGGACCUGCAGGAGGAAGAGCCGAUUUCUGACACCAGGAUAGAAGUGGAAACUCCCUUCUUCAGAUCUGAUUUAGGAAACAAAUUGCAUUUCGUUAAGCUACCCAAAUUUCUCAGCAUAGAACCCAAACCUUUUGAUCCUCAGUAUUAUGAAGGUGAAUUUGCAGCUGAGAAAGUGCUUGAUGAGGAAGAGAGAACCAGGUUAAAAAUAAAGGUAGAAAAUACUAUGCGAUGGAGGGUACGCCGAGACACAGAGGGAAAUGAGAUUAAAGAAAGCAACACUCGGAUGGUGAAGUGGUCAGAUGGAAGCAUGUCCCUGCACUUAGGCAGCGAAGUGUACGAUGUCUACAAAGCCCCACUGCAGGGCAACCACAGCCACCUGUUUGUGAGAGAGGAUACUGGUCUGCAGGGACAAGCCAUCUUUAAAUCCAAGCUCACCUUCAGACCUCACUCUAUGGACUAUGCCACCCAUAAGAAGAUGACCCUGCCGCUUGCUGACAGAUGCUCAAGGACGCAGAAGAUUAGGAUCAUACCAAUAGCUGGCAGUGACCCCGAGUGCCAGCGCACCGAGGAGAUUAAGAAAGAAAAACAACGCUUGAGGGCUUCUACUCGCCAAGGGACAAUCCAUCCUCGGGGGAAGCAGAACCGGCAGGGCCCGAGUGCCCGCUACCAGGAGUCCAGCAGUGACAGCGAGGAGGAGGAAGAGGAACAGGCCAGAAUCUAUUUGUCAGACAGCGAUGAGGAUCAGAAGAAGAAAAGCCUCAAGGAUUACUGAGAGCAAAGCCACUCACCAGUGAUGAGGUGAACCCUACAGAAGUAGGAAAGCAGGGGAAGAGAAAGAUGACAGAUGCAUAAACCUGCUCUCGUUGUCUGUAUUGUUUUCAACAGUUGUUUGUUUUUACUAUUUUUUUUAUUGAUUUCAGAGGAAGGGAGAGGGAGAGAUAGAAAC